AUGUCUACCCCGAUGGAAGAAACCUUCUUCUCCUCCGACAUGGACAGCUACACCAUAAAUCACUACGCCGAACCAUCCUACAACAACGCCAACAUGAACAAUAACAACAACAGCUUGGACCCACGUCUCCUCUCCUCACCCCAAAACACCGCCAUCAUGAGCAACGAAAGCCCUCACGAACACUACCCUCAACCACACCUCCUCUCCCCUUCCUACAACUUCAACAUGCCUCCCCAGCAACAGCAAUUCUACGACCCUGCUUCCGAUCUAUCGCUGCAGAACUACGAACCUAUGCGCCAUCAAAUGCUGGGUCAUCGUAGAAGUGUUUCUGUACCACCUGAGGAUUUGAUGUUGGAGACUGUGCAACAAGCUGCACCUCUAGCUCCAGCUAUGGUAUUCCAUCGCGGCGGCACACCACUGGGAGACAGUAUGGGUGGUGGAAAAGCAGGCGGCGGCGAUGGAGUAGUAGGAGGAGGAGGAGGCAAGAAAUUCCUGAAGAAAGCUACGGCUGCGCAAAAGAGGCAGAUGCAGAGACAUGUGCCUUAUCCUUCUCCUGGGAUUGAUAGGAUGGGUGGGGUGAGGAGAGUGCAGUAUGCUUUGCAGAACCAAGGGCCGACGUCAGCGCCCCAGCAACAACAUCAUCAUCAACAACAACAACAGCAACAGAUGGCUUAUCUGAGAGAAGAAGACGUGGCUGGUGUGAUGCAAGAGUUUCAUAGCUCUACUCCGUCACCGCAAUUUGGAGGUUUCGACAAUGUCGUUAGUCCUAGACAUAGGAGUUCGCCUGCUCAGAUGUCGAUGGAGGUUACUGAUGUCGACGCUUUGACCUUUGGCAGUGGCUCAGAUGUCGAUACUGCUGUAUUAGGUAUGCUUGGUUUCACAGAACGCUUGAGCAAAGACUGUGAAGCCAUGAGAGAGUUUCUGGCCAGGGGUUUCAAGAGCAGUGAGGAGGAUGAAAUCGAACGUGUUCGUCAGGAAAAGCGCGCUCUCAAUCACAAAGCAUCCACUCUCGAAGACGGUCUUGAGAUGCUACCGCUUCCAGAUGGAAAGGACGAGGAAGAGAUAAACGUGCCCGUCACUGGGCAAGAAGUCAGGGAGCUAGGUGUCGAGAAAACGGAUGAGCUGUUGGACGUCUACGGUAUCCCGUUUACUGCGGAUACGUUCUUGCACGAGAAGAAGAUGGCAUACUUACGGUUCGUGGGUGUCAGUCGUGCGCUCAUGCAUCUUGUGCUGGAUUGA